AUGGAUAUUUCACCUUGGAUUCCGUGUGGUCUGUCAAUGGCGUCUGUGUUUCUGUGUCUAAUGCUUCUCGCAAUUGGACCAGAUCCUAGAAAGUCCCCUGACAGCUCAUUUUCAGCCAAUCCCCCACAGUCAAUUCAAGAAGAAAAUAUUUCUUUAUUAGAUCAGGAUCCGAAGACCUCGCCCAAGUCUGAAUUAGUAAAUGGCGUCUUCGCCGCCUUGUCGGACCGGAACACCAUGCUUCUCGUUCCCGUUUUCCUCGUGAACAUUUUCAGAUACGCAAUGCUCAGUCUUUUGAUACAAUACGCUUCUGUUCGAUUCGGACUCAAGAUAUCAACGGGUGCGACCUUCUAUACAGAGACAGCUCUGAUCAAUAUUAUUUUGUUCUUGUUUCUGGUACCUCGAUCGACUGCAUAUAUUCGUCUGGCAUACAACGUCAGACCAGAGACAAUUGACCUUGUUCUCGUCCGCACAAGCGUCGCGCUCUUAGCAUUGGGCUGUGUCUUCAUCUUCGCUGCGGGGUUCGGUAGCAGAGUGUCUGCUCUCUCGCUAGUUUCUUAUUGGAUUUCCAAUGAUGCAAAAGCAACCUUAUACGCAGCAAUCGUUGUACUCGAAAGCUUGGGGCAUGCGGUUGGCGACCCCGCAAUUCAACUGAUUUUUGCUGGCUGUCUGGGUUUACCUCCAUUUUGGCGGGCUAUGCCCUUUUUCGUUGCAGCUGGAUUCUAUGCUCUUGCGACGCUGUCUUCAAGCUUCGUCAAGCUAGACCAAGGAAUGGAGCAUCAAGAGGAGCCGCUCUUGGGUAACGACUGA